UAAAAAUUGACACCAAAUGCGAUUUAAAUCCAUUUAUAGUUGCAAUUUUCAGAAAAAAGUGUUAUUUUGAACAAUUGAUUACGUUGUUGUGUGAGGAAUAUUUGUAUAUAAUUUUAGGUUUUACUAAAGAAAAAUAUUCAAUUAAAUAGGAAACUAUGGCUAAAGCACCCCCACCACCAAAACCCCUACGAGCAAAAAUUCUUGAACCUGAAGGUGUCUCCUCUAAUUCAGCAAGUACAGCAAUUCCUAAAACAACAGACGAAACUGAUUACGGAAAAAAUGACAAGUUACCUCAACAAAUUAAUCCACAGCUACCAACACGUGAACCCACUGUAAUAAAAAAAGAAACACUUCUACAUAGAGCUGAAGGAAGAGGUACUAGUGGAGCAGAAUUAGAUACCACUUGGUAUGAUUUUCAAGCUAUAAGAGAUAGUCUAAUUAAAGUAUUAAAUAAUAAUCCUGAACAUACUUUAAAUCGUGAACAUAUUUUAGAUGCAGUAACAAACAAUGAGCAAUUAAAUUCCAGACUCCAUUAUCAUUUUGAAGCUAAAUCUUAUUAUAUAGUACCAUUAAUUGUAAAUGCUCUUGAUGGUGGUUUUACAGCACAUAAUCAUUGGGUGGGACUACAUGUAGUUACAGAUGAAGCUGGGGUUAUUACAGCAAUACGAUAUAUAAACCCAACCGGAUUUGAAAUUAAUAGUGGUUUAAAGGAUGCUAUAAUUAAUUAUAGUAACGUAGUUCCUCAAGAUAUUACUAUUGGAAGAGGAAUUCAAUUUGCUUAUCUUGAUAAUGAUAAUAUACUUAAUGGAAAUAAUUAUGAUUGUGGCCCGAUGCUAGUAAAAUUAUUAUCAGAACUAAUUGUUCAUAAAAACAUUCUUACUCAUUCACUAAAUGAAGAACAAUCAAUAGCAUUAGGACAACAAUUAAGGCAAGAACAAAGUUAUGAAAGAAAUGAGCAUACAAUAUUCAGCAGUUUGUUAAAAACUAAAAACAAUAAUGAUACUUUUGGUAAGACAGAUGACGAUGCAAUUCCUGUUCUUAUAGGGCAAGUAAAUAAUUUAGCUAUUACUGUUUCCUCUCAAAAGAAGGUAGUUAAAUUUUUAGUUAAUGUUCCUAUGUAUAUACAUGCUUCUGAUAUGGAAGGAGAUUCAUCUAAUGAAUCUGAUGAUAAUACAUUUACAGAAAAUCAAUUUAAUUUUGAUAUAAAUGAUGAGUUUUCAUUGCCUUAUAGAACUUUCGAUAUUAGGGAAAAAGUAAACAAGAAUAAGAUAAAGGAAAAAAUAAUAAAAAAGAGAGUUGGUAACUUAAGUUUAACGGAUUUAGAUUUGCAGUUAGAUCAAAAUAAGUCUAAAGCUACUGUUUCAAAAACACAAGAUUUUCUUAAUUUAUUAGAAGACAAAGCUUUUGAAACAAAGGAUAAAGAUAACUUAGAUAACAUUGGAGUUAGUAUAGGGCUUAAUAGACCUAAGUCUUUGAGUACAAGAAAGAAUGAUAACCUUUAUAAACAGUUACAAAGCAAAGAAAAAAGCAUUAUAAAGCAUAAUAAAUUUGCUUUUUUUUGGGAUAUCCCAUGGACAAAUGAUAAAGGAAAACUAGUACAAAUGGAUAUAGUAAAGAAAUAUUAUAAACAAUUGAAAAAAAAGGAUUCAGAUAAAGCUAAAAAGUUUUUAAAAAUUAAUGAAGAUGACGAAAGCCCAACUCCUCCGUAUCAAUACAUUAGAGAAAAAAUAAAAAAUCAUGAUAAUAGUAAAAAUCUAGUUAAAGCAUUAAAGCAAGACGGUAAUGCCCUAGUCUAUUUUAGCAUAAUUGACAGUGAUACAAAAAGUUUUAACGGAAUAUAUAGUGCUUAUUUGAGAAUAACCGGAAAUUUGUUGCCUACUGUAAUGUCUACAGGUUAUGAGUUUUCUGGUGAUAAGACAGAUCAUCCAUUCCAAGUGGCAAGCAAUGUUGAUAGAAUGAUUAGGGUUAUUACGGUACGCCAUAUUAAACUAGGGGUGUAUUAUCCAGAACCAAAUACAUGUGUAUUAAUACCAGAAGAAUACGAUACUCUACCUGAGAGCUUUAUUGAUCAAAGUAGGAAAAAAAAGGAUCUUGAAUCAGCUUCUUUACUAAGAAAAAUCAAAUGUAGGGAAAAUGUCACUUGUGUUUUCAGUGAAGAUAAACCAAUUAUUACUACUACACCUGUUAGGGCUAAACGAACUAAAGUUCGUAAAACACCUAUAUCAUUUUCAUCGGAGUUAACUCAUGGAGCAUCACCAACAAAAAAAGAUAUUCGUCUAUUCAAACAAAUUAGCCAAUCACAUUUUCAUGAAAAAGUUUGGUACGAUAAUUUAUUCAUUAAUGGUACUAUUGAAGUUACGGGGUGUACGUUGGCACAUUGUAAAUCUUUAUUAGCAAAGAUUAGAAACGGUAACGAUACUGAGAAAAAUCAGUCUAUUCUUAAAUUAAAGGGCCAUAUAAAUCCUGAAGUUGUCGAUGCAAUAGCUAAGGCAGCUAUAGAAAUAAACCGAUAUGUUGAAAAUUUUGAAAUAGGUUAUAUCAGGAGUGAAAAUGAGACAAAACUCCUUAAAGUUUUAGAAGAAUUAGAUAUAAAGAAUUUUUCUCCAGAUGCAAUACUAAUACUUGCUCAAGAUGAAAUAAUAAAAAUGAUUGAAGAUGAACUAAUAGAUCCAAAAGAUUUAGUAGACUUACCUCUAAAAGAAUUAGAAGCACUAUUUUAUAGUGAUGAGAGUAUAGAAAUGCUUCAAGAUGGGUCUGUUGUCCUCGAGGAUUUAUUGAACCUAUAUAGAAUUACCACUCAAAAUUUUAAGAAAGAAUUUUCUGAAGUAUUACAAGAGUUUCAAACAGCAGUAGAAAAUGGAGAAUACUCAGUUUCUGAUAUUUUGGAAAGAUACAAAAAUCAUCAUCUCCACUACUAAAUUUGAUAACAAUCUUGACUAUUUUUACGAAUGCUCGCAUUAGAUAGAUUUUUCUUGGGGAUUGCAUGUGCUAUUUUAAUUACGUUAAUAUGUUAGGUAUCACGUGAUAAAAUUGUGUCUAUUAACUAAAAAAUUAAGGAGUAAAUAGUUUAAAUAAACUUUAUUAGCUUAUUUAAUAUGAUACAUUUUCUUUAUAUAUAAAAUUAUUUGGUUAAUAAAUGCAACAACAGAUUUCUAUUAUUACCCUUGCUAUAGAAGAUAUUAGUAAAUCAGAACAAUUUGAUAUAAACGGUUUUGGAUGGCAGCCAAUCUACCAAACUAAUGAUACGCUAUUUUAUCAAAUGAAUGGAUUUAUUUUAAGUACAUGGCUUAAGAAAGAGUUAGAAAAAGAUAUCCAACAAAGUAUAAUGUUAUCCAACGAGGGUGUAGCUUUAGCCCAAUUUGUAUCAUCUUCUAUAGAAGUACAAAAAUUAAUAGAUCAUUUAUCUAGAUAUGAAGGAACAAUACUAAAAAAUACUGCUUCUCCAGAACAUGGGGGAGUUAGUGGUUAUAUAGCUGAUCCUGAUAGCCAUAUUUGGAAAAUUGUCUUGAAUCCAGAUUUUAUUAUCAAUGAAAACGGUUGUUUUACUUUAAAUAAAUAAUAAAAGGAAAAUAUAUUUUAUAAAACCCAAUUGAUAGGAGUUAUUAAAGUAAUAAUAUUCACUGUAAAUGCCUUAAAACUAGAUAUUUGUUAUUUUAUGAAUGGAGAAGAAUAAGUUGAUAAACAAAAUUGUAAAAAAAUUAAUAGGAUACUUAAAUUCUCUUAAAGUUGAAUAAAGAAACCACUGAAAAUUAU